ACAAAAAAGAGAAGGUCAGUUUGUAGUUUGUACCGCCUCUAACUCCAACUCCCUCCUCACGCUCGGCGGCGAUCUCUCUCAGUCACGACAACUCCACUCCACCGUCGACUCCAUCACGACCGCACCGGUACCGGCACCGGCACCACAACUCCACUCCACCGUCGUCUCCACCACGGCGGCACCACCAGCCACCAUCACAAACUCCAUCAGCUCACACCUCAAACACUGCACCAGCUCUUCAUUUAUUAAGAUUCAAAACAAACAAAGUUUGGAACUGUCAAAGGAAAGCUGUGCAGCUGUUAUUUUGCUAAAUUGAGUUCACAAUGGGAUUCCCUCGGAAGCGUUCAAAAAAGUCUCAGGACAGUGAUGAUGAAUUUGAUAAUGAUGAACUAAGUGUAGAAGAGAAAGAAGAAGAUGAUGAUGAUGAGUUUGAGGAUGAGGGUGAUAGUGCUGACGACGAUGAUGAAGAGGACGAAGAGGAAGAGGUAGAAGAACAUCAAAAUAGUAAUAAGCAAAACACCGAUGCUGAGAUGGAAGAGCUUGAGAAAGAGUAUAUGGAUCUUCGCGACCAGGAGCAAAAUAUCUUACAGAAUUUGAAACGUCACAAGGAUGAAGAUAUUCUUAAAGGACAAGCAGUGAAGAAUCAAAAGGCUCUUUGGGAUAAAACUCUUGAGCUCAGAUUUUUGCUUCAGAAAGCUUUCUCAAGUUCAAAUAGAUUACCACAGGAUCCACUAAGGUCUUCAUUUUGUGAUUCAGACGAGAGUGUCAAUGCAGUGUAUUCUGACCUAAUUACAUCCUCAAAGAAAACUUUAGAUUCUCUGAUGGAACUACAAGAGGUUUUACUUAAAAAAAAUCCAUCUAUUCUUCAAGCCACGGAUGGUAAACCUGGACAAGUAUCUAAUAAUUUGCAAUCUUUAAAGUGCUCUACCGCAAACGAUGAUGAAGUUUGGUCUCGAUUAUCUCAAUUGCAUGCAAGUAUAGCUGCUUUCAGAGACAAGUCAGUAGAUAAGUGGCAAAGGAAGACUCAGGUGACAACUGGUGCUGCCGCUAUUAAAGGCAAACUACAAGCUUUUAAUCAGAAUAUUAGUGAACAAGUUGCUGCUUACAUGAGAGAUCCAAGUAGGAUGAUCAAUCAGAUGCAGCAAAGAAAAUCAAUAGUUGCCAUAUUUGGGACUGUUCCUGGAGGGGAAGCUAAUCUAAAGGGAGAGGAGGCACAGACCGAUGGUGAUCCGGAGCUUUUAGAUGAUUCUGAGUUUUACCAGCAUUUACUGAAGGAGUUUUUUGAAACGAUUGACCCAACAUCUAAUGAGACGGCCUUUUACGCUCUGAAAAGGUUGCAAACCAAGAAAAGGAAGAUUGUUGAUAGACGUGCUUCGAAGGGUCGCAAGAUAAGAUAUGAUGUUCAAGAAAAGCUUGUGAAUUUCAUGGCUCCUGUGCCCAUGAAUAUUCCUCCUGAUGCUCAACAAGUGUUCAAGGAUUUGUUUGGUUUGAGCUCUGGAAGUCAUUAAAGCCACGAUGGUUUAGCCAGCUGUAGAGUCCUGAAAUCAAAACAGGCUCUGAAAUUUUGUAAUAUUAGUUUUACUUGUUUUUUAAUUAAUUAUUUUGAUGGUGUUUCUUAAUUUGAUGUCUCACAUGAUAAUUCCUGAUGAUAAUUAUUUGUGUGGCAUUUUUAAGUGGAAAAUUUGCUUAAAAAAUGUCGUGAGUACUCUCUUUAUUGAUAUAAGCAUAUUAGUGUUAAAUUCUGAUUUUUAGUUUUAGCACUUAUGUCAUUUUUAAGAGGAUUAAUAUCACUUAAGGGUCCUUUAUUCCCUUCAUCUUUUCAUCGAA